AUGCGACAUGGGAUACAACAAUCAUACAAAGUGUGGGAUUAUCAUGGUGAGAAAUAUGAACAUCCACCAUUGGAGAAUGAAGUUUUAUCUGAUAGUGAUGCCCAAGAUGAAAUGCGAGAUGUUUUGAAUGAUUUGACUGGACUAGUGGAGAUAGGAGAAUCUAGUGAGCCUACUCAACAAAGAGAUUUCCAAACUGAAAAUUUUAAUGAUAUGUUGAGAGAAAUUGAGAAAGAACUGUAUCCGGGAUGUGUAAAUUUCUCUGCGCUUAAUUUCUUGGUAAAAUUAAUGCAUGUGAAAGUACUGAACAAGUGGAGUAACAAAUCUUUUGAUAUGUUACUUAAGUUAUUGAAGCAGGCAUUUCCUCAAGCAAUAUUACCUGGCUCACACUAUGAGGCAAAGAGGAAGCUCGGUGAACUGGGACUGGGAUAUGAGUCAAUUCAUGUAUGCGAAAAUGAUUGUGCUCUUUUCUGGAGAGAAAAUGUCGGGCUUGAGAAUUGUCCUAUUUGUGGCAUGAGCAGAUGGGUUGACAAAAAUAUGAAAGGGAGAAAAAUACCAAAAAAAGUGAUGCGAUACUUUCCCCUAACUCCUAGAUUAAAGCGUUUGUAUAGUUCUAGGCACACUGCAAGAGAUAUGAGAUGGCAUGAUGCUGAGCGGCUAAAAGAGAAUGGUGUUUUGAGGCACCCAGCAGAUGGUUCUGCUUGGAAGAUGUUUGAUGAGAAAUUUCCAACAUUUGCCAUGAAUCCUAGAAAUGUACGUCUUGGUUUGGCAACUGACGGUUUUAAUCCAUUUGGUAGCAUGAGCACUACUUAUAGUAUGUGGCCUGUCAUGGUUGUUCCAUAUAACAUGCCACCUUGGAAGUGUAUGAAGUUCGAAAACAUGAUGUUAUCUUUAUUAAUACCUGGACCGACAUCUCCUGGAAAAGACAUGGAUGUUUUCCUUCAGCCACUAAUUGAAGAGUUAAAACAAUUGUGGGAAGGCGUGAAUACUCGAGAUACCAUGACUAAUGAUAUUUUCUUAAUGCAUUCAGCAGUUUUGUGGACAAUCAAUGAUUACCCAGCAUAUGCUUUAAUGUCGGGAUGGAGUACAAAAGGGUAUAAAGCAUGUCCAACUUGUAACGAAGAAACUCCUUCAAAAGGCAUAAGGAAUAAGAUAGCUUACAUUGGGCAUAGACGUUUUCUUCCUUUAAAUCAUCCGAUGAGGCGAAGCAAACAAUUUGAUGGUAAGAUGGAAACAAGAUCUCCUCCUAAAGAACUAACUGCUAAAGAUAUAUUAGCACAGUUAGAACAUGUGCAUGUUUGUUUGCCUGGAAAGCACAAGCAGUAUGGUGGUAUAAAGCGUAAACGUUCACCUAUCGAGCUUAAUUGGUCCAAAAAAAGCAUAUUUUUUUCAGCUUGA